GAUCGAUGCAGCAAGAAAUGUCUCUCCGGGACAAACAACCCAUUGAUUAGAGUGAACCAUGUCUCUCAUCCCCAUGCAGGCAGGAGCAGCAGCCGCCCUGAGUCUCAGAUUGCUCUCGACAAGGACCAAUACUCAAUUCCAUUGUUCUUACUGGUGAAUCCCCUGGUUCGAGAGGACACCGCUUCAAGUCAAGGCGCGCGCGGCUUUUCUCACCGAGCUGGUCUUCCUUCUGUCUCGUGCAUAGUGCAACCGCACCCGCAUCCGCAGGCACGCAUAUCGCCUCCUCGCUUACGGUUGCUCGCUUCCUCUUCUUCUCGGAUUACUCUUUUUUUUGUUUUUUUCUUUUUUUCUGAAUGUUGCCGCCGCUGUCAUGCAGAGUAUAAAUACUUGGCCCCACGCUCGCGGUCCGGAUGGAUGCUCCCAUAAGCCCACCGGCCCUGCGAGCAUGGGAAGUCCCAGCAGCAACGGCUUGGUCAAUGGCAACGGCACCACCAACGGUCAUGCUCCCGGUGGCAACGCUUCGUCUUCGCACGUCCGUCCCUUUAUCUCACCAAGAGGACCCCCAUCGGCUUCAGCGUCGGUGCACCACACCGCUGGCCUCGUCUUUCGGGGUUCGCUUCCCCACCAGUAUCAGCAACAGCAGCAUUCAUCCGCCAUAGCAUCCUCCGCGUCUGGGACGCACCGCGCUGCUUCUGCUUCGUCUUCUCCAUUCUCACUAUUCUUUGGAGCUGCAGCGACGAGAUCAUCGUCGACCUUGAAAGCGGAGGUCAAGCCCACGCCGCUCGACGGUGGCACCGCUGCGCUCAGGGAACUCAACACCAGCUACCCCUCUAACGUAUAUCGUCACCGACUCACAAAGUCUGCCGGCGCCCAGAGCACUACCUACUCGCAGCCUGUCAUUGUUCGCACUUAUAGUGGCCCUAUCCAGAGGGAUUACUACCGCGGCUCAAGGAGUGGGAGCCGGCCAUACACAGUCCGCACGCCACUACCGCCGCCGCCGCCGCCACCCCAAAGUAACGGAUUUGCUGUCCGCACAAGUGCCAACGGUAACGGUCACAGUGACAAUAUCGGGAACCGGAAUGGCGUAGUUGACGGCCUCUGGACUGCCAAACCACCUAACAUGCCGCGCCACCCACCACCUCCUCCUCCCAGUAAGCGCCGCUUCCCUCUUACCUUACCAUGGCAGUGGGGCGGCGGCAAUGACGGGCAGGGUACGGCGUCUCAGGCCGGCGGGAGCAACAGCGAGACACCAAAGUACCCUCCUCCCGAAGCCUUCACCAUGAAGGGUAUUAUAGAAUCUCAGCGUGCACAGCGACAUAACGAGUUGGAUAAGUCGCUGGAUCAGAUUGCAGAGCUGUACGCUCGCAGCAGAUAUAGCUUGGCAAACCAGUACGAGGUUCAUGUGACGCCACACGGGUCCGGCACCGACUUUGUUAGCGGUGCUAGUGCUCCAGGUAGGAGGGGAACAGGUGGCCCGCCUUCCAGUCGUGGCGGCGGCGGCAUCAGACGUCCGCAUCAGCUGGUUGGUCCAACACUUCAGGCCAACUGGUCUGGAGAUGAAGGAGAUGAGUCCUCUGCAGUGGGAGGUGGCGCAGCAUCGUCCUCUUCAUCGGCAGCUAUCAGGCCGCGGUCCCACAGGAAAAGAAGAAGUGGGGUUGCCGCAGGGAAGAGGAAGAGCGCCGCAUACGGGACCCUCGAGACAAUUAUGUCUAGCAGCCGUUCGAACUCCUCGGAAGAAAAAGAAACGCAGAAGAAAAGAUCUGCUAAUGAGUUGACCGAGGAUGUACGAGGCCGUGCAGAGCGGUCUGUCGGUCAUCGGCAUGCAAAAUCAGAACCUGUAAAGGUCAGGGGCAGGGACGGCGCUGGAUCUUCAGGAACAACGCAUACACGCUACACAGCCAAGGGCGGGAAAAGGGCCGAGCAAGAUGCAGGAGCUUCACAGCACAAGAGAGCAUCAACAUCAUUUGUGCAUGCCAUUAUCACGGCUGACUCACCACGCAACUCUGCAUCGGCACUGAUCAGCGAGCCGGCUUCGCCGCAGACCACUACCUAUGCGGUCUCGGAUGUCACUACCGCGCGUGAGGGUGCAGUCAUUCCUGGCGAGAACCAAGCGGAGGACUAUUCCGCGACCGGCGGUUCGAUGGGUGCGCAUGGAUGGCUGCCAUGGCGUGGACCGACCACUUCAGAGUCACACGCUAGUCGGGCCAGAGAUGGCUUGCGGGACUUGUUGAAAGGUGCAGAUAGUGUGAGUGGCCGGUACGCCAGGGCAAAGGGGCCCGGCCAAGAGGGCUGAAAUAUCUUCAUGCUGGAUAUGUAUAACACAUUUCCCGAUACGAAGACCACAAGAUUAGCCAACCAGAGUAUUGGCAUGGAGUCUGAGCUGAGCCCCGAGCAAAGGUAUCGGAGCUAGACUCUGUUCUGCAUCGAAAACGACAAUGACAUUGAGCGGAACCCAGCACGCCUAUACCUGUCGUUUUCACUUUUGCCUCCUUGGUGGUAAGCUAGGGUCAGUCUUAAAAUACAAGCACUGAGGCACUCCGGAUCAUUGGCAUUGCUAGGCUUGAGAUUGAUUACGGUUUUGGGUUUAACUGUACAAAGCUUUCAGUUUUUUGGUUAAUUUUGUACGCAUAUUUGGGCCAUUGCGGAGUUCUGUGGAAGACCUACAGGAUGCGAUGAUAAAACGUUGACGAAGCAAUGAUAACGAUAGGGAGCAUAUGGAUUUAUUUAACCAGACAUGAGGAGGAAUUAAAAAGCAUCAUCAGGGGUGGGUUUCUUGGACAGGAGUGGGCACGAGUGCUUUUGCCAGCAAGUUGAAAUCUAAUACCACAAGGGUUAGGGGUUCCUUGUGGCUCCUCCCCGCCCAACGUGAUUUAUCAUCAACUACGACUAUCCACGACCAAUUUUGGGAGAAUCAUAUCCCGUCAGAAUUUGCUACUUACUGUCUGCACAUGAGUGUAUAGGGAACCGUUGACCAUAUUGGAAGCAUUCGUGUAUCGCAAUUUGAGGAAAGCGCUGUUUUAUAAAUCCAACUAUCUCUCAGGUUGAGAAUCUGCGGUCACCAUCACCUUUUUGAGUCACAAGCUCGCUUCACAUCGAAAAUGGUUCACGCCGACGCGUCCAACUUUGGGGCAAAUGUGACCAAGGAAGAGGCAUACAAGCAGGUUCUCGAACAGGCAAAGGGGCUUUUUGACGGCCAACGCAACUGGGUCUGCAACCUAUCAAACACGGCCUCCCUCCUCUGGCACGCAUACCACUCUCUCCCCUCGCCCAGCUCCGCCGUGAACUGGGCGGGCUUCUACACGCUGGACCCGUCGUCGCCCACCGACCGGCUGAUCCUGGGCCCGUUCCAGGGCAAGGUGGCGUGCCAGACCAUCGCCUUCAGCCGCGGCGUGUGCGGCGCCGCCGCGGCCCAGAAGAAGACGCAGCUCGUCGCCGACGUCGACAAGUUCCCCGGCCACAUCGCCUGCGACGCCGACAGCAGGAGCGAGGUCGUCGUGCCCGUGCUGGAUGCCCAGGGUGAGCUUAGGGCCAUUAUCGACGUCGACUGUGCGCUUCCCGACGGGUUUGACGAGGUGGAUAGGGUCUGGCUUGAGAGCUUGGCUGCUUUGGUUGGGAGGAGCUGCGAUUGGUAAUUUUUUUUUUCACCCUUAUUCUCUGUUGAUUUUGUUAUUUUAUCGGUGUUCUCAACUACAAAAAUUACAGUGUGUUCAACCACUCGGGCUAUAUUUGGUUCAUGUAGAAAAGUUGGGGGGUCGUGGUAUAGAUGGGUAUUUUUAUUUUUAUUUUUAUUUCUUUUUCUGUUCGUUCAUUAAAUGGC